AUGAGGAGGCCCGCUGCCUCCCAUUUGUCGUCCGCCACCGAGUGUCCGCCUUUGACCACAGAGAAGGACCGUCUCAUUGAGAUAUCAAUCGGACAAGUUCGCUCCCGGUUCUGCCGUCCGUCGCAAGCUUCACCGGAGUCGUCCACCAUCAGCGACAGCUCGAAGUUCACCCCGGUCACGUGCGAUUAUGAUUCGACACAACGCCGCCUCGAGGCCGCGCGAUCUACCUCCGACCUAACAGACGUCUUCGAGAUGGUCGCGGAUGUGUCAAGACCUCCGCCGCUGUCAUUGCCGGAAUACAAGCGCCCAGGACGACCGACGACUGCCAACGAGACCUUCACGACAUUCCAGUCGGCGGUGCCACUGGAACUUCGAACGGAGUUGCGGCUAGGCGGAGGUGCGCCUGAUACUCUGGACGGACUGAGGUGGUUGGAGGGCGGAGUUGGUGGAGGUUCGACUGUAACUUCAGUCGUGCUCGUCGCGAAGGGGGUGGAGAUGGUCGGUAGGACAGUGAGGAAGGCGAUUUUCGGUGGUUGGAUGAGUUCGGCGGCGGCAGGCGGCGGUGUAUGUGGUGGCCGGCGGAGGGGACGACCGCGCCUUUGUGUGUGUACAGUGCGCUGUAUUCCAGUCUUGGUCGGCGACGAAACGUCUGGAGGACGCCGGCGAUCGGCGUGGUCGAGUGGUCAUCGGCUCCCAACUGUGUGUUUGUUUGAAAUGAAGUGCGAUAUCGGCGGCGAGACCGGCGACGAGUCCGGCGGAGAGACCGGCGGCAGGUGGCGGCCACGGGUAGGGCGUGCAACU